CCCCGCUAGCCGUCCGGGGCCGCCUCUGGAGUAGGCACCUGGAAUCGGAAAUGGGUACUCCGCUUCGGUGCGGUCGUGUGUAGUGCGUGCGAAGGAAAGAGAUAGCAGGCGGUGGAGCUCCCUCGUGGGGUUCUUCGUAGUGUUUUACGUGUCACUUUACGCCCCAGCUCUUGGGGAGCAAACGGCUUCGGGUGGCCACAAAACGGGUUGUGAACGGUGGUGUGAAAGUGCGAAACAGAGUAACGACGACCAGCAAAGUAACCUAGAUUAUUGGGGGUCUACCUCUCUGUCUUUCUUUCUCUGCUCAAGAUCACAGCAGGCUCCACAACCGGAGCCCCAUCCUUCCAAAAACCAAGUGCUGUCCAGAAUCCGCCAUCCAAGGCAAGUGGAGACCAACAGUGUGUGUGUACGUGUGUGUAUGUGUGAAAGCAGAAGGUGAGCGGCGGUGGUUGACCGCAGCAUCCCUCCCCGAAAAAGCCCCCUGCCACCAGUGGAGCACCAGUGGCAGUGGCAUCUUAUGUUGUUUUGUUCUCGCCAUAAUCCGGAACGAGACGGCGGCAUUCUCAGCGACGAUCGUGCCGUCACCGGAUCCAUGCGCGUGUUCUGGUGGAGUGGUGUCGAUCGACCUCGGUGUUAGUUUUUGUUUAUCCGCGCAUUAGCGAGUAGUUGCUCACCUGCGUGUCCGUCCCGUCUCUCUCCUUUGCUCCGUUAGCAGCCCGAUCGCAGAUGUUCGUGCCACUUGACCAACAUCACUGCAUUGUCUGUUGUCGCUGUGAGUAAGCGAGAAACCACCGCACCGAAGGACUCGCAAGCACAAAAACUCUCCUGUUUAAGUGGGCGAACUUCAAGUGUAAUCAACGCCGAUCGUGGAUUGUGAUAGUGUGGAGAAGCGUCGCCGAGGCCCGAGGAGGCAGGAUAAAUGCAUUUUUAGACAGGACGAGAGAGGACACAAUUCCACAAACACACCGACAGCCAACGUUCAACGUCCAACGCCACAAUGGGGGACAGUACAAUGGGCUCGGUGAGCUUCCUCCAUCUCGGAGACAUCGUGUCGCUGUACUCGGAGGGCAGUGUGUCCGGAUUUCUCAGCACACUCGGCCUCGUCGAUGACCGUGUGGUCGUGUGUCCCGGCGCGGGCGAUCUCAACGAUCCGCCGGAAAAGUUUCGCGAUUGUCUCAUCAAAAUCUGCCCAAUGAACCGCUACUCGGCCCAGAAGCAGUUCUGGAAGGCGGCCAAACAGAGCACCACAACGAACACCGACACGAGUUUGCUGAAGCGGUUGCACCAUGCAGCCGAGAUUGAGAAGAAACAGAAUGAGUCGGAAAACAAGAAGCUGCUCGGUACGGUCGUACAGUACGGUAGCGUGGUGCAGCUGCUGCACCUCAAAUCCAACAAGUACGUCACGGUCAACAUCCGGUUGCCGGCCCUGCUGGAGAAGAACGCGAUGCGCGUCUACCUGGACGCGAACGGGAACGAGGGCAGCUGGUUCUACAUCAUGCCGUUCUACAAGCUACGGUCCGCCGGUGACAAUGUUGUGGUGAGCGAUAAGGUCAUCCUGAAGCCCGUCAACGCCAACCGCCAGAAUCUGCACGUGGCGGCCACGUACGAGCUGCCGGACAACCCGGGCAGCAAGGAGGUGAACGUACUGAACUCGUCCACCUCCUGGAAGAUCACGCUGUUCAUGGAGCAGCGGGAAAACCAGGAGGACGUGCUGAAGGGCGGUGACGUGGUGCGACUGUUCCACGCCGAGCAGGAAAAGUUCCUCACGAUGGACGAGUACAAGAAGCACCAGCACGUGUUCCUGCGCACGACCGGACGGAGCAGUGCGACGGCCGCCACCAGCAGCAAAGCGUUGUGGGAGGUUGAAGUGGUGCAGCACGAUAGUUGCCGUGGCGGGGCCGGCCACUGGAACUCUCUGUUCCGGUUCAAACACCUUGCCACCGGGUACUAUCUGGCUGCGGAGAUCGAUGAGGAUAUUUCGCGCACGGAAAAAUCGAGCAGCUCAAGCCAUCCCGGUGCCGGUGGUGACUCGUUCCGGCUCGUACCGGUCCCCCACUCGACCGACAUUGCGUCCGUGUUCGAGCUGGACUCGACGACGAUUACGCGGCCGGAGGGUUUAGUGCCACAGUCGAGCUACGUCCGGUUGCGUCACCUGUGCUCCAACACCUGGGUUCACGCAACCUCCGUCCCGAUCGAUAUCGACGACGAUAAGCCGGUCAUGUCGAAGGUUGGCUGUUCGGCGAUCAAGGAAGACAAGGAAGCAUUUCAGCUGAUCCCGGUCUCACCGGUUGAGGUGCGCGAUCUGGACUUUGCGAACGAUGCCUGCAAGCUGCUGUUGGCGAUGAGCAUGAAACUCGAAAAUGGAACGAUCUCGUCGAACGAGCGGCGUUCGCUGAUUGCGCUGCUGCAGGACAUCGUUUUCUUCAUCGCAGGCCAGGAGAACGAUCAAAACAAAUCGGAUGCGCUCGAUCUGACGAUCAACAACCCGAACCGCGAUCGG